UCUCUCGUCGCUUCUUUCCUUUCGCUUUCCUUCUCUCCUCCUUCCUCCUCUUCUCUCUCUUCCUCUUCUUCUCUUCUCUUCCGUCUCCCUUCAGCUGCUUCUUCGCUGUCUGCUCUCCGUCUUCGUCCUCGUCUUCUCCGUCCUUUUCACCACUCUAUCACCAUGAGCGACAUCACUCACCCCACCAUCAAGGAUGGCUGGUUCUCCGAGCAGUCUGACAUGUGGCCCGGCCAGGCCAUGAACCUCAAGGUUAACCAGAUCCUCCACCACGAGAAGUCCAAGUACCAGGAUGUUCUCGUUUUCGAGAGCAGCGACUACGGCACCGUCCUCGUCCUCGACAAUGUCAUCCAGUGCACUGAGCGCGAUGAGUUCUCCUACCAGGAGAUGAUCACCCACCUCGCCAUGAACUCCCACCCCAACCCCAAGAAGGUCCUUGUCAUCGGUGGUGGUGACGGUGGUGUCCUCCGUGAGGUCGUCAAGCACGAGACCGUCGAGGAGGCCACCCUGUGCGACAUUGACGAGGCUGUUAUCCGUGUCUCCAAGAAGUACCUUCCUGGCAUGAGCAUUGGCUUCCAGCACCCCAACGUCAAGGUCCACGUUGGCGAUGGUUUCCAGUUCCUUAAGGAGCGCCAGAACGAGUUCGAUGUUAUCAUCACUGACAGCUCUGACCCCGAGGGUCCCGCUGAGAGCCUCUUCCAGAAGCCUUACUUCGAGCUUCUGCGCGAUGCGCUCCGUGAGGGAGGUGUCAUCACCACACAAGCCGAGAACCAAUGGCUGCACCUGUCUCUGAUCACCGACCUCAAGAAGUCCUGCAAGGAGGUCUUCCCCGUCGCCGAAUACGCCUACACCACCAUCCCCACCUACCCCUCCGGCCAGAUCGGCUUCAUGGUCUGCUGCAAGGAUGCCACCCGUAACGUCAAGGAGCCCGUUCGCAGCUGGACCCGCGAGGAGGAGGAGAAGCUCUGCCGCUACUACAACCAGGACAUCCACCGCGCCAGCUUCGUUCUCCCCAACUUCGCCCGCAAGGCUCUGGACGCUUAGACUAUCUGAAGUUUUAUCGUUCUAAUACUUUGGGUGGUGGCCUCCUCCGUUUCGAGGCCCCACGGCGGCUGAUAAUCGAUGAUGAUCUGACGAUGACGAAUAUAACAAAAGAUUUCUGCUGCUUCCUCAAUAAUAUUCCCCCGAUGCUUCACAUGGAUUGACACGUGAGAUGCAAGGAUUUACUAAGAUAUAAUACUAGCC